GUCCUGCCUCCGUGCUGACGUCAUGUCAUUGCGGAAAUAGCUGCUGGUUUGAGCGACACAAAAUGGCAUUGAGAGCAGCCCUGAGAAGUAAAUGCGGCUUAACAGGUCGUCUUUCCCAGCUGUCUUCCUGCAGCAGUCAUGGCAGGGUGUGUGUUGCUCAGCGGAGGAACAACUCUACCUCACCCAAAAUCAAAGUGGAUUUUGACCAAAGCACAGGUGUGGCGGUGAUGCGUAUGCAGAGUCCGCCAGUCAACAGCCUCAGUUUAGAUUUCCUCACAGAAUUGUGCAUCAACCUGGAGAAGCUGGAGAUGGAUAAGAGCUGCCGAGGCCUCAUCAUCACCUCGAGUCAACCCAAGGUGUUCUCAGCUGGACUGGACAUCAUGGAGAUGUACGGGAAGAGUCCAGAGCGCUGUGGAGAGUUCUGGAAAGCCGUUCAGGAGAUGUGGCUGAAACUCUACAGCUCCAACAUGAUCACUAUAGCUGCAAUCAACGGUUCCAGUCCUGCAGGCGGCUGUCUGAUGUCUCUGACAUGUGACUACAGGAUAAUGGCAGACAACCCGCGUUACAGCAUCGGCCUUAAUGAGACGCAGCUCGGCAUCGUGGCACCGUUUUGGUUUAAGGACACCAUGGUUAAUACAGUGGGCCACCGGACCACAGAGAUGGCCCUGGAACUGGGGCUGCUCUACAGCUCCUCAGAGGCCCUGAAGAUAGGCCUGGUGGACCAACUGGUCCCAGAAGACCAGGUCCUGACCACAGCCACACAGACCAUGACCAAGUGGCUGGCCAUUCCAGACCACGCCAGACAGAUCACCAAGUCCAUGAUGAGGAAGCCAACCAUCGACAAGCUAACGUCCAACAGAGAGGCUGACAUCCAAAACUUUGUCAGUUUCAUCACCAAAGACUCCAUUCAGAAAUCACUUCGUAUGUAUCUGGAGAUGCUUAAAAAGAGAAAAAGCUAGAUGAAACGUGUAAAAUGAGAUAUACACACACUAGACUGUGUGAAAAGUUAGUUGAAAACACACUUGCCUUCAGAAUCAUGUGCUCAGUAAGAUCCUCAAAGACAGUUCUCUGCAGUUCCUCUUCAUAACAAUUUUCAACCAUUGAUGAAUCAUUUUCAGUAAUCCUGUGUGAUGAAACUAACUUGGGGAAAACACUCAGGACUGAUGGCAAUGAUUCAAUGACAAAUAGUAUUUUUCUAUUUUACUUUCCAAGUACUUUAGUUAAAAAUUAACACCAAGAAUUUUUUUUUUCAAUCUUUCACAUAAGCUAAUGUUACAUUUGGGAUGAUUAUAGAUGUUUUGUUCUUGUUUCUUUCCCCAAAAAUCAAUAUUUAGUGUCAUAGAGAAGUACAUUAUUUGCAAUUCAGUUAGGAGUUUUGAAUAUAGAAAUGAGGGCCACAUAUAUGCAUAUACACUGCAAUACACACUGCAUUGUGUAUUGCAGUGUAGAGCUAGAUAGCACUACUAUUAUAGUAAAGUAUUAAAAAAAAAAAAAGAAAAGACACCCUCCAUACUCCUUAAAUGACAAGUAUCACUCUUACUACAGCCACACAUACACCACUUGUGGGGAAAUACAGGUGACAAGUGUGCCAUGCCUUGUUAUGACUUCUACAUUAUGAUUGGACAGCCAUGUGUGGGGGCGGGGUUUAGCAAAUGGUCAGUUAUUUUCACAGAGGCAACAGAUCCUCACCAUUUAAGUGCCUAGCCUUACUGUACCCUUAAGAGACAUAACAACUAAUGAAAGUAAGCUUGAGAGCAUUUGAAUAGCCCACUGUGGGCAAAGCCUUUGUCAUCUUUUGAACAGAUUUGUGUGUACUUACUUUUUCUGACUGCCUGGAAUUUCUGAAUAAAUGGGUGAAUUCA